AUGAAGUUCCCCGUUCUCCUCACUGCCGCCGCCUUUGUUGGCCAAGCCGCUGCUUUCUGGGGCCAGAUGGACACCUCUGACUGGCUUGGAAACGAAGGCGGUUCGUACAAAUACGUCUACCUGAAGGACUACAACACCGGCUCCACGUAUCGCGCCUACGUCCACGGCGGAUGGGACGCUUGUGCCUCUAACCACUGCACGGUCCAGUUCACGGAGACAAGCAAGGGCACCUACACCUUCAAUGCUCAGCUUUGGAGAACUAGCAAUGGCUGCCAUAACAUCGACUUCGAGGGCGCGCUUGAUGCUCAUCAUGGAUACUGCUGUGGUGCCUUGCCUUGUGAUCUUGCGGCGUAG